CAGACUUCCGAGUUAUUUCCAGAAAAAACGACCAGAGAGAGAUGGGUAGCUCUUCCCGUACAAUGAAUGGUGGGGAUGCCAAAUACAGCUACUAUGUUUACUAAUCAGAGAGAGGCAGCUGAUCUAUCAACUAGAACGCUGGUGGCAGCCAUAGUCGAAAACCUUGACAUUGAUGCUCAGUCUCCUGCUACAAGCUCAUUCCGGAUUGCUGACUUAGGUUGUUCUACAGGGCCUAAUACAUUUUUCGCAAUCAACAACAUCAUUGAAGCUGUAGCACAAAAAUACCAGCUGGUUAAAGGCCACUCUGCUCAUCUCCCAGAAAUUCAAGUUUACUGUAGUGAUCUUGUGUCAAAUGAUUUCAAUCAUCUCUUUGCCAAUCUCCCUCAAGAUAGGCGAUACUUCGCGGCUGCAGUUCCGGGAUCUUUUCAUGGAAGGUUGUUUCCUAAAGCCUCCCUAGAUUUUGUUUACUCUGAAUAUGCUCUCCAAUGGCUUUCUAAGGUACCACCGGAGACACUUGACUCCAACUCACCUGCAUUUAACAAGGGGAGGAUUAUGCAUGAAAAGUCAGCUAUUGAAGUUGUUCAGGCAUUUUCGGAUCAGUAUGCCAAGGACAUGCAGUGUUUCUUCGAUGCUCGAGCACAAGAGCUUGCUCCUGGAGGGUUAUUGUUGAUGUUGAUUCCAGGGCGUCCGGGGGCAACUCUUCCGGCACAACAUCCCAGUUAUCCGCGUUUUGAACCCUUGGAGUCCAGUCUAUCCGAUAUGGUUAAUGAGGGUUUAAUAGGUGGAGAGAAAUUUGACUCUUUCAACUUGCCUAUCUACUCGCCAUCCGUGGAAGAGCCAAGGAAGAUAAUAGAAAACAGUGAGUGCUUUGAUGUGUUAAGGUUGGAGACUCAACCUGAGAGGCAAAUCCCUCUUUGUCCUGAAGGAACUAGAGCGGGCUGUGAGAAAAUUCUCACCGAACACUUCGGGAGUGAAAUUAUAGAACCACUUUUCGAUCGAUACUCGAAGAAAGUACAAGGUCGUUCUCCCAUUAACUCUCGUGAUGGUUAUCUUGUCGGACUGUUCGUCCUUCUCAAACGCAGACCUUGAUUGUUCUGCAAUAAUGAAGCCAGGCAUGCCCAUCCUUCUUAAGUUAAAGUAUUCAUAUUACAUGCCAGCAGGAGGAGUGUUGUUGUACUAUUUCUCUUAAAUAAAAGAUGUCAAUUAUAUUGAAACUUCAAA